CAAGAGGAGCCUAGUCCAUCGCAGUCAGUGAGAAGUAGCCACAGCAGUGCUGCGUAGAUUGGUUCAGUCUCGCACCGAUUUUUUGAAACAUAGGAUAUACAUAUUGCCCGGAAUGACAGUGCAAUACAGGAUCAAUACAAAAAGGACUAUGAUCUCCAGAAUAUUAAAAACGCCUAAAUAGACAACUCCAAGCGUUCCUUGAUCUGGGAUGAGGCUGCGGUACCGAGCUGUGCCGCUCCGACUCGGCAAGGCGAUCUGUCGAUGCGACCAGCCGCGGAUCCAUCGAGUGAGAGCCGUGUUCUUCUGCCUAUGGGGUCUGCUGGCGCUCGCCCUGGCUCUCGGCUUCUCUCUCUCCAGCAGCGACACCGACAGCGACCAAGUUCUCAUUCACAUACCUGACCUGACGAAGGACAAGCUUUCUCACAGACCUCGGAAGCGCACGGUAGCCCUGGUGCGUAGGCUUGUGUCCCAGGUGGACGGCCAGAGGUUGUGGCAUGCGUUCCUCCAGCCCCUCCUUAUCGAGAGACAGCCUGGUAGCAAGGGGAGCCGCGCUGUGCGUAAGCACAUCUCCUCGCGACUGUACACACUGUCAGCUGGCUGGACAGUGGAGUUUGACUCGUUCAACCACGCCACCCCUCGCGGCCCCAUUAACUUCUCCAACAUCCUGGCGGUGCUGGACCCGCUGGCCCCCCGCAGGCUCCUGCUGGCCUGCCACUACGACACCAAGGCGCUGCGCGUCACCCCCAGCGGCUCGCUCAAGGUGUUCGUGGGCGCCAGUGACUCGGCCGUCCCCUGUGCCAUGAUCCUGGAGCUGGUGACAGCGCUGGACGAAUACCUCAGGGUGCUGAAACAGCAGAGGAUCUCUCAGGUGACCCUACAGCUGGUCUUCUUUGAUGGGAAAGAGGCCAUCGAGGAGUGGACGGCCAGCGACUCCCUCUACGGCUCGCGACACCUGGCUCAGAGGAUGGCCCAGAUACCUCAUCCACCUGGUGCCACGGAAACCACUUUGAUUGACGCAGUGGACCUGCUGUUGUUAUUGGACCUAAUUGGAGCUCCAGCUCCGAUGUUUGUGAAUCACUUUGACAACACUGGCCGCUGGUUUGACCGCCUCAUGUCUGCAGAGAAGAGACUCCAUAAACUGGGCCUGCUGUCCUCCCACCCCAACCCCCAGAGCUACUUUACCAAGGACGUCCGCAUGGGCCCAGUCGAGGAUGACCAUGUGCCUUUCCUGGAGAGAGGGGUCCCUGUGCUGCACAUGAUCGCCACGCCCUUCCCUCCCUUCAUGCACACCGUCGAGGACACCGCCGGACACAUCCACGUCCAGACGGUGGAGAAUCUGACCAAGGUCCUGGCCGUGUUUCUGUCGGAAUAUCUGGGCCUUUAAACGUUCCGUGGCCUCUGCUUCAGCACUUUACGUCGUCGGGAUGAAGAUGAUGGAUGAGAGGGAGGAAGAGGAGCAGAUCUGAUAUGAAAUCUGUCAGCAAAUGAACUCAUAUCAUUGCAUUGCAAGGGCAUCAUGUUGCAAUAUGCAUUGAGUUUAUGACAAUAAUUUAAUUACAGCCUCUAUCCACCUUUGUUAUGUGCCUUUGACGCAUAUACUAUGUAUGAUUUGGACAGGGUGCUGCCUUCUUGUUCUGGAGAAGCAGUGACAUCAGUUCUAGUGUGUACAUGUGCCAUGGACUACACCUCAGCUCCAGCUUCCUGUGGAGAUAAAAAGCCAAAUAUGAUCGAAAGAAAGGGAAGUAGGAAAUGCCAAAAGGCAUCCAGCGUUGUUAAAGGUGCUCUAAGUCAUGAGAUGAGGUUUUUAAGCUAAAAGAUUUUUUUAUCACGUACAGCAAACAUCUCCUCACGAUCCGCUAGCUGCCUGUUUCCUGAAUACACGGUAAACAAAUGUUGUCUCUGUAGACAGCCCAGGCUCCAGAAACGGCAAUAAAAACAGCCUGGUCCAGCCUGGACCAUGAAACAUAACAAACUGUUCCAGCCAAUCAUCGACGUUCAUGUUCGUUUCAAUAGCACGGGAGGGAGAGGGCGGGAGGGGUGAGCUAGCUCUCUGGUUUGUAGUGACGUUACCCAGCUUUGCUUAGAGAGGGCGGGAGGGGUGAGCUAGCUCUCUGGUUUGUUUGAAGGUCAACAGAAGUGACGUUACCCAGCUUUGCUUAGAGAACCUCUAACUUGAAGCCAUGGUUAUGUGAGCAUGUGUUGAAGUGCAAUAACAUAGUUAUUAACAUAGUGAUGCAAUAAUGUAAAUAAUUUAGCUAUGAUACAGCAUUCGGGUCCUCUGUAUACAGCUCAGGAGUGACUGCAAACAUCAAAUAUCUCAACAGGAUGGUGCCAGCCUACUAUAUACGCUCACACAUAUGAAAUAUAUCUAUUGGAUUAAUAAAGCCCGGAGCAGGCCAGUAAGGCCAGGUAGGCCAUAUGCAACAAAGUCUUCGUCUGGUCAGCGGCACGCAUGUGUAGUGGCACAAAUGCCCUCUGGUGUUCUUACUAGAUUUGAGAUGACCUGCUGUAUGUGUGGCGAGGGGUCACUGGUCAGUUGUGACCAUGGUGAUUAUAUACAGUUGCACUGAUUGCACUGAUAUUGUGAGGUUAAACCAGUGUAUUGCAAUAUCA